GAAAAAAUCGCUAUUGUUUCUUUUCUUUUUCUCAUUUCAAGUUUAAUUCGAUUCUAUUUCGGAGUAGAGUAAUUUUUUCACGAGAAUUAAUUAAUUUGUGGAAAGUUUCAUUACUUUCUAGUGAUUUGGUAAAGCGAUCGAUUGAUGGCGAUCAAUGGAUUGCCGGAGAGUCUUACGUCAUCAAGCGACGAUAACAACAAUCUCCGAAGACGACGUGGCAGUGAUGCUAAAGCUGUAGAGGAAGCUUCUAGUAGCUCGGAUGAUGUAACUAGUGACGUCAAUGAUCCACGUGGAAGCGUAGGAUUGGAUACGAUGCCUAGUGAUGGAAAGGAGAAGGUUGAAAAAGCAAAUGAAACGACGCCGUUGAAGUAUGCUUAUAGAGCGUCAGCGCCAGCUCAUCGGAGAAAUAAAGAAAGUCCUCUUAGCUCUGCUGCUAUUUUUAAACAGAGUCAUGCUGGCCUACUCAAUCUCUGUAUAGUGGUGCUUAUUGCUGUAAACGGCAGGCUGAUUAUCGAAAAUUUGAUGAAGUAUGGCUGGUUAAUUGGGUCAGGCUUCUGGAGUAGUUCAACGUCCGUAAGAGAUUGGCCACUUCUGUUGUGCUGUCUUAGUCUCCCAAUUUUCCCUCUCGCUGCUUUUCUUGUUGAGAAGCUGGCACAGAAGAAGUAUAUGACUGAACAUGCAGUUGUCACUCUUCACAUAAUUAUAACAACAGCUGCCAUUCUGUAUCCGGUUUUGGUCAUCCUCAGGUGUGAUUCUGCUUUCCUAUCGGGUAACACACUGAUGCUGUUUGUUUGCAUUGUGUGGAUGAAACUGGUUUCUUAUGCACAUACAAGUUAUGAUAUGAGACAGCUUGCGAAGUCUGUGGAUAAGGGUGAAAAGUCAGAAAUCAACUACUCUUACAAUGUUAGUUUCAAGAGUUUGGCUUACUUCAUGGUUGCUCCUACAUUAUGUUAUCAGCUUAGCUAUCCUCGCUCCGAAUGCAUUCGGAAGGGUUGGCUGGCGCGCCAACUCAUCAAGCUGGUAAUUUUUACAGGACUCAUGGGAUUUAUGAUUGAACAGUAUAUUAACCCAAUUGUGCAAAGCUCACAACACCCGUUGAAAGGGGACCUUUUAUAUGCGAUCGAGAGGGUAUUGAGGCUUUCGGUUCCAACUUUAUAUGUCUGGCUCUGCAUGUUCUACUGCCUUUUCCAUCUUUGGCUAAAUAUACUUGCGGAACUUCUGCGAUUUGGGGAUCGGGAGUUCUACAAAGAUUGGUGGAAUGCAAAAACUAUUGAUGAGUAUUGGAGACUCUGGAAUAUGCCUGUACAUAAGUGGAUGGUUCGUCACAUUUAUUUCCCAUGCUUAAGGAAUGGCAUACCUAAGGGAGUUGCAAUGGUGAUUUCUUUCUUUAUAUCUGCUGUUUUCCACGAGCUGUGUAUUGCUGUUCCUUGUCGGCUAUUCAAGUUUUGGGCGUUCCUAGGAAUCAUGUUUCAGGUUCCCUUGGUCAUAUUCACGAACUUCUUGCAAAACAAGUUCAAAAACUCAAAUGUGGGCAACAUGACAUUCUGGUGCAUUUUCUGCAUUGUUGGUCAACCAAUGUGCGUGCUUUUGUAUUACCACGAUGUGAUGAACAGAAAUGGUAGUGCAAGUUAAGCUUCAUCGCAGACUAUUUUGUUGGACGAAAGAGUGUUCCAUCUUUAAUUUGAACCGUCUUAAGUGCUAAGCUAGUCUCCUAGACGGACAUCAGUAACAACUGCUUCAAUUCCUAUUGACAAGGAAUUCCUGAUGGUUUACUUAUCAUGCUGAAAAGGAGAAAAUUCUGCUUUGAAUGUAACACGGGGGAAUUGAACAGAAUUUUUGCUUUGUAUAGUUGUGUUGUAUCUUUCUAUUAAUAUUACAGAAAUGUAUAUCAUUCUGUUUUGGCAAUAAACUGUGUAGUAUUACCAUACCAACGAAAUGAAGUACAACCUAAAAGCAUCCAGGACCUUAACCACCUUCUAUGAAGGUUAUUUCAGCCUCUAGACCUCAAGAAAAAACCAACAGCCUAAUGACAAAGCUUCCAUAUCAAGUAUGAACACUUUCUUGCCAUUCUAGAUCUGCUUAACCAGCUUAUCCUUUCCUUAAUUUAAUUUUUUAUCUGUAUGUAUAUCAUUCUUGGUUGAGGUAAAUGUAAUAGCUCAAGAUAGAAAGUCUCGCAACGGUAAACCUUG